CUUUUUUUUUUCUCCUUGUUCUAGGACCUUCUUUUUUUCUGUUUCCUUGAGAACCCUACCACCACCGUGACUAUCUCUUCUCUGCUUCGCUCAAUCGAAUCGAUCUUUAGAAGAGAAAAUGCAGAAUCAAAGGCUAAAGCAACAACAACAACAACAAGCUUUGAUGCAACAAGCUCUUCUUCAACAACAGUCUCUUUAUCAUCCUGGCCUCUUAGCUCCUCCUCAGAUUGAGCCAAUACCUAGUGGAAAUCUGCCUCCUGGGUUCGAUCCAAGCACUUGUCGCAGUGUGUUUGUUGGGAAUAUUCACCCGCAAGUGACUGAACCUCUUCUUCAGGAAGUUUUCUCCAGUACUGGUCUCGUGGAAGGAUGCAAGCUGAUAAGGAAGGAAAAGUCAUCUUAUGGUUUCAUGCAUUACUAUGAUCGUAGAUCAGCUGCACUUGCUAUAGUCACCCUUAAUGGAAGGCAUCUGUUUGGGCAGCCUAUUAAAGUUAAUUGGGCAUUUGCCAGUGGACAGAGGGAGGACACGUCAAGUCACUUUAAUAUAUUUGUUGGUGAUCUGAGCCCCGAAGUUACUGAUGCAAUGCUGUUUGCUUGCUUCUCUGUUUACCCUAGUUGCUCUGAUGCAAGGGUAAUGUGGGAUCAAAAGACUGGGCGUUCUAGGGGCUUUGGUUUUGUUUCUUUCCGUAACCAACAGGAUGCUCAAAGUGCCAUUAACGAUUUAACAGGCAAAUGGCUUGGUAGUAGGCAGAUACGUUGUAACUGGGCUACCAAAGGUGCUAGCUCGAAUGACGACAAGCAGAGUUCUGAUGCCAAAAGUGUUGUGGAAUUAACAAAUGGUUCAUCAGAAGAUGGUAAAGACGCAGCGAACAGUGAUGCUCCUGAAAAUAACCCACAAUACACUACCGUUUAUGUGGGCAAUAUUGCUCCUGAGGUAUCACAGCUCGAUCUCCAUCGCUACUUUCAUGCCCUUGGUGCUGGAGUGAUUGAGGAAGUUCGAAUUCAGCGUGAUAAAGGAUUUGGUUUUGUAAGAUACAAUACUCAUGCUGAGGCAGCUUUAGCAAUUCAAAUGGGAAAUACCCACUCAGUUCUAGGUGGAAGGCAGAUUAAGUGUUCGUGGGGUAACAAGCCAACUCCGCCUGGAACAACCUCGAACCCACUUCCUCCACCAGCUCCCAUAGGUGUUUCGGCCACUGACCUUUUGGCUUAUGAGAGGCAGCUGGCUAUGAGCAAGAUGGGUGGUAUCCCCGGUCUCAUGGGUCAACAUCCUUUGAAGCAAGCAUCAAUGGGGAUGGCCUCUGGAGCAAGCCAAGCUAUAUAUGAUGGUGGUUUCCAGAAUAUGGCUGCACAACAGCUCAUGUAUUAUCAGUGAUGUGCCGAGUCAGAUAUCAGCAGUUGCCGUUGCCUUUCUACCUAGUUAUCUUCAAUAACACGGGUUUUUCUCAUGUUCUCAUUCUGUUCUUAGUAAUAUUUAGGCAUCAUGCCUAGUUAGAUGUGAGUGCCACGUGUAUCAAUACGUAUAAUGUAUGCAUUGUCUUCCAGUUUAGUAGGAAUGAGGGAAUACUAGGAGGUUUGCUCCAUUAUUCUUGUUCAUACAUGCUUUGAUGUAGUGACAUAUUAUUUAGAACUUUUCGUUUUUGGUCUUAUUUUGACCAACAUUGCUAGUAGGCGCUUUUGGUAAA